CUAUACACCCCUCUCAAAGAAGACGAGUUUCGACUCUUAUCGAUAUCCCCGUCGGAAAACCCCCACGCCCCACUUGUCGGCACCCUUCGUACAACCUCGUUCUUUGAAGCGCGAUACUCAGCCAUAUCAUACGUAUGGGGUGACGCAAGCUCUCCUGAAGAUGCACAGAUCAAUGGACACACUGUACAAUUGCAGCGAAACCUUGCAUCCGCGUUGCGGUAUAUUCGUACAACAGGCGCUUUAGAGGUCUGCAGUGCUAUUUGGGCUGAUGCAGUCUGCAUCAAUCAGAAAGACAUACUAGAGAAGAAUCGGCAAGUCGCUAUAAUGCACCAUAUAUAUUCCAACGCAGCGUUAACCAUUGCAUGGUUAGGAUCUGCGCAACCAAACAUCCGGGCUGCAUUUAAGGCUGUCUCUCGG